UCGACAUCCGCGGGUCAUCCGACUUCGUGGGAAUUUGAGCUACAACAGCUUUACUUCCUGCUUCUCUAGCCGAAGCGAAGCACUAAGGCCUAAGGCCUAUCAGGAUUCUGGAUAUAUCAAUUCUAAAGCUCAGACGCAUACCGGCCUGACGUUACGGCCAUUCCACGAUCGACGUCGAUCGAGUUCUUUCACCAUGCCAGCAGAACAAUCUGGAGAUCGAAUUAUCUUGAAGCACAAAGGUGCUAACGGAGAAAUUCUGCUCUGUGGAACGACACUUAUAUACUGGAAAACUGCAGACAAAAGCCACCCUAAGCCUUCUGAGGAUCUCUCCGAAAAACCCGUAGGAGACCUCGACGACGCCAAGUUUCAAGAUACAAUACCCGCUCUCUUCUUAUCCUUUGAAGAUGCUACUGAUUCCAACAACCCGUGUUUGGAUCAGCUUGGCUUUGUGGGGAGGGAAAUUUGGACUAACGAGGCUGGGGUAUAUGUUCCAUUGACACUUGAAUCAACCAUUGCACCACUCAGCGAACCCUUUAUUUCCUACGCCGUGCACCGACACCUCAUGAACCAUAAACCAAAGACUCUUCUCUACGUCGAUGAUACCUCCACAGGUACCUCUCCAAAAAUCCUUUUCUUUCGUCUCCGUCUAGCUUUCUUCCGCGAAUAUACUCCCACUGCAGAUUCCUGCGGCGUAAAAGGUGUUGUCGCGGAAUCGGAUUCGAUUCGAGAUGAAUUAAUCCGAGCAUUUGUGACCAAACUAUUUGAUCCUGAUUAUGAAAAGAAGUCGGGAAGUUCCCCGACUUUCUUUAAAGAAAGUGAAAACUUCAGCAUCAACGGAGGAGUAUUCAAUGCCGUUGGUGGAGAUAUACUGCACAAGACCACGACAGUAAAUACGGGUGACAAUAAUAAUAACACAUCUUAUAUCAACUGUAUAUUCACCAACUCGGCUCUUUCGCAAUCGAAGAGUUAUUGUACAACGUCAAAGUCAGGGAAAACAGGUUCGGACGAGAAGGAACCACACGAGGAAGAACAAGAGCGCGUAUCCAGGACACCGACCUCGACUCAAAAAUCCAAAAAUACCCAGAAAAAAAGUAAUACCAUUGGGAACACUGGGAACACUGAUAGGAAACGGCGCUGGUCUAUUACGAAGUUCACACACCAAAUCAUCCACCAUGUUCAUCAUAUGUAUCAUCACUACCUACCAGCGGUGAUGUAUUACCCAGUGCCAACUUGGGUGGUUUACUACGUGCCUUGCUUCGUACCUUGGAGUUUGAAUUUUGGUUUGUGAUAGUAGGUGAGGUGUAUGCACUAGUAUAAAGGGUAGCCUCUCCGAUACUCUGAUCUUUGAUCUCUCUCUCUCUCUCUCUGUAUCUCUUCCACUGUCUCUGUCACUGUCUCUCUCCCUCCCUCUAGACCCUCUAUCUCUUUGAGCUCUCUUCCUUCCCCUUCCUCAUCACUUUUUUCCACGUGGGCAAUGGUUUCCCUCAUCGUCGAAACACGAUCGGUUGUAUGCGCAUAUGUGAUGUUUUGAUAUCAACAAUGU